AUGGGUUCGGACAUCACGGAUCUGAGAGCUGUUAUCGUACAAUUGAAGGAUGAAGUAGCACAACUUAAAGCUAAUUUUGAGUCUAAUAAGGCAACCUCUAAAAUCGACAGUAAUUUAUUUGAAGACAUCUUACAUGAAAUUGAGGAUCGCCAGAGACGUAAACGCAACAUUGUGGUCUUUGGGGCAGAUGAAUCUACCUUGGGCUCAACAGAAGAGCGGGAAUCUGCGGAUGCUGGUAUAGUCAAGAAAAUGCUAACCUGUCUGGGAUCUACUCCCGAUGAACUCGAUAACGUUAAAUUAUUCCGAUUAGGGAAGUUUGAUGGUGGCAGACCUAGACCAAGACCAAUAAAAGUGAUUUUUCCUAAUGAGGCAACAGCAUAUAGUAUACUCCGCAAAUCUAAGGAAUUGAAGAGCAGUCAAGAUUUCGGCAAUAUCUAUGUCUCAUCGGACAAAACUCGUAGGCAGCUCGAUCAUCACAGAUCGCUAAGAAAAGAAUUAAGCGAGAGAAUUGAAAAAGGAGAAACCAAUCUGAAGAUUAAAUACGUGAGUGGCUGUCCAAUUAUUCUUUCGGAAAACUAA